AUGACAUCCAAUUGUCAGGACCCUGCGCAUCGUUCAUCAAUAUUUCGCAUCGGCGACGCGCGAGGAGUCGACGCGUUGUCUGCAAACGAUACGGAGACUUCCGAGUCCAACCAAGCAAUCGUCACCCUUCCUUCACCUACCACCAUCAGCAUAUACAAAUUACUCGCCUACCUGCCUUUCGUGAUGAUUUCCACUCGAGAGAUAAACCUCGCCUUCACUGCGCCGUCGUUGCGACGUUUUAAAGGAACCCUCAUCUCUCCAGUAGCGGGAAGGGAUAAUUGCGGCCACCAAGACAAGAAGGAAUCCACGGCUCCUUUCGUCACUUGGAAUGAGAGGACCGAGUGCUUCCCUGGUGACUUCUUGUGUACGGAACCAGGAAGUUUUGACAGCGCUUCGCUACUCUAUCUCAAUCGUCCGGAUGGCGCGGUAAUCAUAUCGUCUGAGCAUUUCGAUCCUCGACGUGUCUCUGACACGGAUAUCGGGCCUUCGGUUGCUGAUGAACGGUCUGAUGUCAUGUUUCAUCGUCCUUUAGGUCCAAAAGGAUCCGCGGCAGCAAAAGACGAACUUCGACAUUUGUCCUAG